AUGUCGGGUUGGCUUGCGAAGAAGGCAGUAUGGCCCACGGCCGUGCCAGAAAAGACCUUUCAGCUUCUGAUCGGUGCGGAUACGCUGGUGGAAGUCAAGGUCCAGCAUGGCGGAGCGCAAGAGGGCCGCGAGGCGGUGCACAUCGUCACGCCGACCGCAACGGGGCACGGACGUGCUCUGAUCGCCGCUGAUGUCGCGAUGCACGUCGUGCCGCCUUGUGCGCCGUACACUCAUCCUUCGCAGGAGCCGAAUGAUAACUCGCUCAAUGCACGCAGCAAGCGCAUGGCGCACGUCGAGCUGAUAGGCGGCAACGACCUCUCUCUGCUCAAUGUCUGGGCACUGACCUACAUUUUUUUUACGCUGUGGCCCGACCAGGAGUACUUUGUGCUCCAAACGAGGUCGGCGCCUUCUUCGGGCGCUUGGGUCGUGCCCUUGCUGGCAUCAGGGCUGGCUGUGCCGCACCCGGCAGACACACAGGCGCGCAAGACGUCUGUGGAUGCUGACGCGAGCGGCGAGGUGCUGGUCUCGCGCGCAGCAUUCUGGCAGGGCGCUGGGCCGUUGCCUGCAGGAGGAUGGGUGCCCGUGCUUGACUCGGACGCGACCUACCCCCAUCUCGCGCAGUCGCACCGCGCGGCGCCGAGCGGCCUUGCUGUCGGCACGCUUCACCCGGCCCGUGCGCCCAAACUUGGCCUGUGGAACGUGCAACACGCUACGCUACCGCUCUACCGCCGCUAUAUUCCCGAGAUUGGUCAGACGCUUUCGUUCCGUCUGGCGAGCUCGCUCAGCGAGACGGACGUCGACCUACUGCACCGCUGGCACGCAACGGACCGCGUCAACACUGGCUGGCGCCAGGACAUGCCGCGCGAGGAGCACCGCAAGUACCUCGCGGAGCAAGAGGCCUCGAGUGACUCGAUUGCACUGAUCGGUGAAUGGGACGGCGAGCCAUUUGGCUAUGUGGAAAUCUACCACGCAAAAGAAAAUGCGCUGCGAAACUAUUUUGACGCUGGUGACUAUGACCGCGGUUUCCACGCUUUGGUCGGCGAAGAAAAGUUCCGUGGACCUCACCGUGUGAGGUCGUGGAUGGGGAGCGUAAUCCACCUGCUCUUCCUCCUCGAUCCUCGUACGAUGCGUGUAGUGAGCGAGCCACGUGCAAGCAACACCAAAAUGGUCGAGUACGAGUGCAUGUGCGGCGGUCAUGUCGAAAAGCUCAUCGAUCUGCCGCACAAGCGCGCUGCACUGGUGUUUAUUCCUCGCGAACGCUUCUUCCAACUGUGCCCUGUGGGACCUUUGCCGACAGUCUGA